AUGCCAGAUGCAAUUUCAAAGGGAGGCUAUUGUGCUGAGGGCGAAUGCAGAUUAGGAAAUAGCGCAAUCAAAACAUCAAAAAUCAUUCUUGGUUGUAUGACAUUCGGCAAUCCGAAAUGGCAGGGCAGUCCCUGGAUUCUUCCAGAGGAAGAGUCGUUACCAAUCCUCAAAAAGGCAUACGAUAUGGGCAUCGACACCUGGGAUACCGCAAACACCUAUUCGAAUGGAGUGUCUGAGUCAAUCAUUGGCAAAGCCUUGAAAACAUACAACAUUCCCAGAAGCAAAGUUGUAAUCAUGACAAAAUCAUUUUUCCCGGUCAUGGAUGAUGACCUGGACGCGCGGCCGUACCCUCCGACUAACGAUGGCCCGCUUGUCAAUCAGAUGGGCUUGAGCCGCAAGCACAUCUUCGAGGCUGUGGAAGGCUCCCUCCGCCGUCUAGGCACUCAUUACGUUGAUGUCCUACAGUUACAUUGUGUGGACCCGGACUCGUCUCCCGACGAGGUGAUGCGAGCACUCCACGAUCUAGUGCAGGCAGGAAAGGUCCACUAUGUUGGUGCAUCCAGCAUGUAUUGCUGGCAGCUAGCACAUUUGCAAUACGCCGCCAAAAUGAAUGGCUGGAUGCCUUUCAUAAGUAUACAGAAUCUGUACAACCUACUUUAUCGCGAGGCCAAGAGAGAGACCUGA